CUGCGAUGGGUGCAUCCGUCCAAAAACCUGGCAUCAAGCUGCGUUUUCUGAAAAUUAAUGUCUUGGAGAAGUUCAGAGAUCAGUUUGAGCCGUAUCAUGUGAUGCUGGGAUGCGACCUCUCGUCGUCACAUCCAUUUGAGGGCACGUUGAUCCGUGUUCCCUUCAGAACUCCGGAAGUGGCAAAAACCAGCGAGGUCAGCAGCAUUCAGCUUGACGCUGCAGCAGCAGAAGUGCUCUCAUCGCGAUUCCAGAAGGAAGCCUUUCAAUGGUUACUCUUCUUGCAAAGUGUGGCGAAGAUUCGACUGUCUGAGAUCCGAGAAGGAGAUUCGAGGAUACAGUGCUUGUGCGAGGUCAAGCUGAUGCCACAAUCUGUCCCUACAGUUCUGAAAGAUGAAACUUCGAAGGAAGAGAAAGGAAAAGGCGGAAAGGGCGGACAGGGCGAAGGUGGCGAAGGUGGCGAAGAUGCAGAGCCUGUGGAGUUCAUGGCCCUGGAACUUCAAGCUCCCAGACCAAGGGUUUCUGCCAUCGGUUCAGACUCUGUCGCAGACGUGAGCAUUAGCACGGAGAGUUUUGGCUCCCCUCCAUACCAGCGUUGCCUGUCCUACAGGCUUGUUGGCGGCGAAGACUGCGGAGUAUCUGAACAAGUUUGCGCUGCAAUUCCCCUUGUCGAGCUUCCUGCAUCUACAAAACACCCAGUGAAAUUGCGGCAAGAAGAGGGCCGUUUGUUCUGCUUCUUGCCCCUUCCACCAAGUGCUGUGUCCCUUCGUGUUGCAUUGCAUGUGCAUGCGCCUUUGAACACUACGCAAGAUCGCCGGAAUGUUCUUUUGGACAAUCGCGUUGGUGACAAUGAAAUUAUCAGCACAAACGUCCGCCUGCUGGAUGUCCGCAUUCCGGAGUGCUUGGCGAGGUGUGCCAUCAAUCUUUCCAACCUGGCCACUCCUGAGGAUUUCUUCAGCAUUUUUCCAGUGCUUCAGAGAAGCAUAGGCCAAGCUCUCAAGUGGUGGACCGCCAGAACAAGCAAACGCCUUGCUCGACAAGAUCAUUGCCAGCAAGAGACUCAGAUAGGUCUGGCUCGCUUUGGAGUUCCGAUUGUGAAGAUUCCGCUGCCUGUCUUGGAGUCCUUUGAGCAAGUGCUUCAUCCGAUUCUCCCACGAACGCUGACACCAGCAUGGUUGCGGCAGUUUCUGCGCAAUAUCAGUGCUUCAUCUAUUCCUUCAGCUACUCCGAAGCGUGGAUUCGAUUUGCGAGACUCUUCAGAUGAUUCAGCCCAGAAAAGUGGCGAGGGCAUUACCAUUGGGAGCCUGACACCCGAAGAGGCAGUGGCUUUCCUUGACUUUGUGUUGGCAGACAAUGACUUUGGUGAUUUGGAGGGAGUUCCACUUCUUUUCACGGAGGACAUGACAGCGGGAACUCAACCAUUUACACUUUCUGGAACAUCGAUGCUCUUUGUACCAGAGGAUGAGGAGGAGUACCAACUGCUUCCACAGGCUCCUCGUCGGCUUCUCUCGAAACGGAUCCGCAACUCACGACCAUGGGUUUGGCAAAAUCUGCAAAGAAUGGCGUCAAGUGAAGUCCAGCCCAGUCAACCGAUACAAGGAGAGGGACCCAGCUUUCAGCUUCGAAAAAUGACCGUUUCUCCUUUGAUGUCUGCAUUGCAGGAGCUUUUGCCAAAGACCUGGAAUGUCCCAGUGCCUGAAGUCGGGAAGUCUGAUUGGGAAGGCCUGCACUUACAGCGCUAUUUGGUGGAACUGGCUCAGUCGAAUGAGUGUACCAGCGAGAAAUAUGAUGCACUGGCCCAUUCUGCCAAGUUUGAGAGAGAGCCUUGGCGAGAUGCGAAACUGAACAUGAUGACAUGGAGUGGCAGUAGGUUACCAACGCAAGUACAGAGGUGGCAAUUCUGUGCACUCACUUUGCAGAUCUUCACACGUUUGCUGUUAAGCGGAGUGUUUGAGCAGGUGGGCGGGCCGGCCGCUACACAGGUUGUUGCGCGACUUCACAGGCACGACUAUCAAAGUGAAGUCAGCGCACCUUGGAACAUCACUUGCAACGAGGCCUGUCACAAUCGACUUCGUGCGCUGGCCCUCCAGGGGGAGAAAGAGGGACACCUUGGAGCCGUGCUGAAGUUCCGAAAGCUGUUCGGCUCCCUGACUGCCGAGCAGCAUAGUGCUUUGGCAGCGUGGCUGGUGAUGGCUGGACCUGAAAACUGUGAUUGCCACAGUGCAAAUGGCGGACAAGACCCUGCGGCAUGGAGGCUGAAGUGUGAGAUCUUCCGAACGGCACCUCUGUUUUCGCCAUUCGCUCGACAGGAGCAGGUGGCUAUAGUGGACUUUGACUCUCAUGCCCUACCGAAAGGGAGCAGAGGGAGCUGGUCCCUUCUCCCUGAGGCAUGCCCUGAAGUAGUAGCGGCACUUCGAGCAGCCGGAAUUCCAAUGCCUGGUUGUGUUGAACCUGUCGGCGCAGAGAACGUUGCAGCAUUGGUACGCGAGCUUCACAUGCCACGGCUUACUUGGGCGGAGGUCCUUCUGGGGCACGUUUUCCCUUGGGCAUCCAAGCCUGAAGUAGAGCCGACUGCACGGCAGGGGUUGAUGCUGGCCAUCGUGCAGCGAUGGAGGCAGAUGGAGCUGGCUGGAAACGAACAAUGCGUUGAGGCAUUGCAGCUAGUGUCCUUCAUUCCAACAGUCGAUGGACAGAUGCGAAGUCCGGCCACUCUUUUGGAUCCCCGAAAGGAGGACUUGAAGCUCCUGUAUAUGGGAGAUGGGCCUUUCCCUGCAGCAGAAGUGAAUGCAGUGCUUCUUCCCUUGAUGCAGAGAGGCCUUUUGAGGUGCAGACAGGAACUAUCUUUAAAGGAGCUCCACGAACGACUUGUCUUCCUUGACAGCAAACACCAACUUGCUGCAAAUAGCCCUGAAGAGGGAGAAUGGGACAAGGUGAAGAGCUGUGCUGAAAACUUUCUGCAGUACGCGGCCACGACGGUUAGCAUGAAAUGCCAAGAGGUACGCACGGCAGCAGCUGCAGCUGCAGUCCCAGAAGCACCAAGCACCUCACCAUCAGCUUCCGCAGCCAAGAAAGAGAAAGCACACAGUUUCUUUUCAUGGUCAUCUAUCAUGCCAUUGGGCGACUUCUUGACGGCUGCGGGGAGCAGUCCUGAGAAGGUUGAAUCAUUGGAAAAGAGAGAGGAAUGGGCAGAAGAUGAUGUUGAGACCCUCAAAUGCAAGUUUCGUUCCUGCCGAUGGAUUCCUGCAGCAAAAGCGCCGCGAGAAUGGCUUGCUGCAAUUCCUUGGGCUGGCAGUGCUCACAAACUCUGGCGGCCAUCAGACCUCGUCCUGAUGUCUGAUUUCUGGACUUGUGGUGCUGCCAGUCCAGUCCUUGACCUUGAAACACAGGUGGUUUUCUCGGGUGAGCGGAAGCCGAACUUACACGGUGACUUCCUGGAAUUGCUCGGUAUUUCCUCCCUGCCAGAAAUUCAAAGGAUUCACUGUGCCUGGGCGCAGUUGGAGGCCAUUCGUUCAUGGUCGCAAAAGCAUCCAGACGGCAAAGCCAACGAGAGUGAAUCAGCUUGGAUCUCCAAGUGUCUCUAUCAUUAUGUGUAUCCGUUGAUAACAGGCGAAGCCAAAGCAAAUGAGACGGUGGAGGGAAAGUCCAAUGGAUGGCAACAGUUAGAUGAGAUUUUCGUAGCUGGAACGUUUGUGCCGAUAGAAGAUUUAUCUCUGUCGCAAAAUUUUGGCAUUGCAGGUUUGCAUCAGAUCCCCAAAGAACUGCAAGCAACAGCUCGAAAGCUUUGCAGCCAAAUUCGGCCGAAAUUUCAGGCCAAUGAUUUGGCGAGAGCUUUGUACCGACUUUCACAGAAGAAUGCCAGCCCGGUCCCAAACGGCAACCCAAACGGCAACCAGUUGUCUCCCGGUGAAACUGAGUCAGCAGUGCAUCUCGCCAUGGCUCUUUCCGAGCGAAUCAGAUCACAAGGAGAAGAUCUCCCGGAGCAUGUCAUGGUACCAACAAGUCAGGGCAAACUUCGCCCGGCUGAAGAGUGUGUUUUCAACAACAUGAGAUGGCUCUCAGAGGAGGAGCAACACAAAAGAAAUCGAGCCGUCACCAGUAGUGGCCUUCAUUGGGUUCACCAGAGCAUUUCGAACGAUGUCGCAGUGUCAUUGAACGUACAAGCCUUGAGUACUCAAGUUGCAGCUGAAGCUUUAGCUGCUGCAGAUGACGGGGAGAAAGAUCCGGAGUGGUUUGAGGCUGCUGGACAGACUGAACCCCUCACCACUCGAUUGCGUUCUUUAUUGCGGGACAUUUCUGAAUCUGAGGACUUAGGUCUCUUCAAAUCUUUGCUGCAAAACGCGGACGAUGCAAAAGCUUCAGAAGUGCACUUUGUAUGGGACUGGCGCAGUUUUGGACGGCAAUCUCUCAUGUCGCCAGAGAUGGGGCGAUGGCAGGGACCCUGCCUUUGGGCGCACAACAACGCUUCAUUCUCUCCACAAGACUUUGAAAAUAUCACGCAACUGGGUGCAGUGAAGAGCACAAGCCGCAAAGCACAGAUCGGGCGUUUUGGACUGGGCUUCAACUCUGUCUACAGCUUGACCGAUUUGCCAAGCAUUUUAAGUGACGAUGUGGUACUCUUCCUAGACCCUCAUGUGCACCACUUGAAGGCAAUGGGUGCAUCACCAGCCAAGCCAGGAAUCAAGCUGAGAUUUCUCAAGAUUGAUGUCCUUGACAAAUUUCGAGAUCAAUUUGAGCCCUACCAUGGCAUGUUUGGGUGCGAUUUGAAUUCCUCUACACGCUAUCAAGGCACAUUGAUUCGAAUGCCAUUCAGAACACCGGAAGCAGCCAAGGCAAGUGAAAUCAGCAAAACUCUGGUAUCGCAGGAGUCAGCCAUGGCAUUUCUUCGUGCCUUCAGAGAUGCUGCUGCUGAAUGCCUGGUGUUUUUGCAGCAUGUUCAACGGAUUGUUUUUAGCUGGAUUACUUCAGAUGCUGGUGCAAAUGGGACACCUCAAACCUUCAUGGAAAUCAAGAUCACACCACCUGGAAUCCCACUGUCUCUCGACACUCCUAAGUGCAGCAAUUCCAGCAGUUCCAGCAAACAGGUAGGAGAAUCAGUUGCUAUGUCCUCUGUUGAAAUUUCCACCGAUGAGCAGGCACUGGAGUACCGUCGUUUGUUUUCUUCCAGAACAGUUGCACAGAGCAAGGAAAAGCAAUCUUUCAUUUCCGACAUGUUGAAUCGCUUGGGAAUGUCCAAGUCACAUCCAGAUGUGCGCCCGUACAUUUCGUUCAAUUUAAUCGUUUCGAUCUCUUGGUCACCUCCGAUGGAAUUGCAGAAAGAGUUCGACAGUGAACCUUGCAAUCGAAAGGAGGCAUGGCGCUUGAUACUUCAGCACGACAAUCCGGAAGAUGAACGAUGGGCAGGAACUCGAAAUGAACCUGAAACGUCAGAGGCAUCAGAAGCAAGCUUUGCAUAUGUGCCAUUCGGAGGCCUGGCGCUUUGCCUUUCUCGGCCUCUCCGCACUGAAGAACCACGGAUUUGUUGUUUCAUGCCUUUGCCGAUCACGAGCUCUUUGCCUUUUUUGAUCAAUGCGAACUUCUGCCUGAGCGAUCCGACUGCUCCAGGUCGUUUGGAUUUGGUCAGAGGAAGCACUUCAAAACCUUCAAAUUCUAAGUCUGAUUGGAACGGACUUCUUUUGCACAACAUCAUAGAACCUUUGAUUUGUACUUUGAUUCACGAGCAAUCAGCAGCACUUCAGGCCUUUCGCUCCCAAAAAUCAGCAAGCGUAGCUGUUUGGGCUGACCGGGACGGGGUGUGUUCUUUGAUGCCACGCAAAUCUCAGCUGCCCUUGAGUUUGCAACAGCUCUUGAACCUUCCAACCAUUUACGCUUCCCUCAGCCACAGCGCACUUUUCCCAGUACUUUCCUUUGAGACAGGCAGUACAGGACAGACUCAGUUCGGGAAGCAUACAGGACACACUCAGUUUGCGGAGUUUUUGGACGCAAGUGGCUUGCGAACAGCUGCACCCCUGGUAUCUUAUGUGGAUUCUGUGCAGCCGCUGCCUGAUGACAUUGGAACAGUGGACCAGAGACAAGCCGUGCAUGAAUACUUGUGCCACUUGUACCAGUCAAAGGAAGGCAAGUAUCGCUUUUGCGACGUGGUUCCUGAAGUACAGCAGGAAUUCUCGUCUGCAGGUCUCAAGCGCAAGGCUUACGUCGACCGUUCUUUGGUAUUGUCAUGUUUGCGUCAGGACUCACAUCACAAGUACAGUUGUGCUGCAGCUUCCAAACUCUUAGGAUUCAUUCUGAGUGGAGAGCAGGAUGAUUCGGCUUCAAAGCUGCAAGGGUUGAAGCUGGCUCCGCUCUGCGACAACAAGGUGGCUUGUUUUGGUGAUGGAGGAUCAGAUCAACUGCUUUUCUGUGCCUUUGUCUCAGACAACUCCCGAAGCUCGUUUGCCCAGCGAGUUUUGCAACAACUUGCUUCCAAAGCAACCUUAGAUUUGUCUGGACUAGAUGCAAGAAGCCACGAGAGGCUACGCCAACAAGCCGACAAACUCGGAAUUCGACAUGUUGAAAAGUGUGAACAGCUUUCGGAAGCUUUGCUUCUGGCACUUCCAAGCAUUCGGGCUUCGCCUCCCUCCUCAUCCGUUCUGGCAUCAUUGGACGAAACCUUUGCAGGGCGCAUUCUUGGAAGCACUCGUCAAGCCGCUGCUGGGUCGCUUGGCUUCGGAAGUGAUGAACAUGCCAGUUCCACACUUUGCGCACUUUGGUCAUUUGUCCAGUUGGCAGAAGAUGGCUUGUCUGAUGAAUUUCUGUCCGCCUUUGACGGUUUCUAUGUGGUGCCUGCAUGGAAUGCAGCAAGAUCUGGGACGCAGAAUUCAGCAUCAAGUAUUGAUGCGCCUUUGAUGCUCGUUCCCCUCAGCGCUUCAGAGCCGCUGUUGCUUCCAGAGUGUGAGCAGAAUCUGGAACCCUUGAUGGAGGUUGCUGCAACUUUGGUUUCGGAUCGAUUUGUUGACAAAAGUCAUCCGGCCAUGACAGACCCCGUGUUGCGAUUUCUGCAACAAAGAGGCAUUGUGCAAGCCUUCAGCAGAGGCAGUCUCCUCACUGUGCUUGCAGCAUCUGCUGAAGCGCAGUUCAGCUCUUUGAUUUCAAGAUGUCAGCGCUUGCAACCGGACCAACGCGAGCUGCUACGCUCUCAACUCUGCCAGGCUUUGUGCGAUCCAAUUGGUUCACUGGAAGACGGCAGACAGCAGGCCAGAGCAUCAGUUGUUUGCAAGCUUCCAAUCUUCCUUGCGGAGUCCUGGUCAGAUGGCAGUAACUUGCAGGCCUUCCGGUCCUUGAUGCAGCUCGCAGUUGUUGAUGGCGAACCACUUCCACUCAGAUCUGCUCCAGUGAGGCUCGACCUGGACACGGCCUUCGUGUUCCGGGUCUCGAUAAAGACGCCUCCAGAAGUUUCUGAUGCUUUGGGCCUUGUUGAGGUGAAGGAGAUUCUUGCAGAGCAAGGAAAAUACUUCGAUAUGAAGACAUGGCUGCAAAAGCAGAUUCUGCCCCAUUUGGAGAGCAUGAUUCCCGAUGACCAGGUAAUCGUGCUGGAACGAUUGCUUCCAUUGCUGCAAGACAUUGAAGAGGCCAACUCCGAGCCAAUGGGCUCAGGAAAUGCACAUUUGCAGACGACUUGCGGAUAA